CAAGUCCACAAUAUAGCUCAAACUCCAAAACCCUUCUACCAUAUGGGUGGCUAGCCUAGCGCACUUGACCAUCUGUUCACACAGCAACAGGCUAACCCCUUAAACCCUGUUAAAAACCCCAAAUCAACCGCAAAACACCAUAGUCGGAGGAGAGCGAUGCAAGGCCAUAACCUCCGCCGAGCAGUCCACACUCUAACGUCUUCACUCUCUCUCCUCCACUCUCUUCGCCGUCGACCCCUUCUUUCUCUCUCCUCUUUCUCCAUUCACAAACCUUACUCAUUUUCCUCUUCUUCUAACCCCACUUCAUUUAUCAAAGAUAAUUGCUUAAAUUUCCCCAAAUAUGUUGUUACUGGGGCAAUUAAUAAUACCCAUGUUCCCAAUUUGUGCAAAAAUGAUGUGAAUAAUGAUCAAUUGGAUGAUCAUGAAGUGGGGUUUGAAGAAGAAGAAGUUUCUGGGCAUAAAUUGACGGAGACGGAUGUUUAUGCUGCAGUUGAAUUAGCUCUUGAUUCCGUGAUUAAGAUUUUUACUGUUGCUAGUAGUCCUAAUUAUUUUCUUCCUUGGCAAAAUAAAUUGCAGCGCGAAACUAUGGGUUCUGGGUUUGUGAUUUCUGGAAAAAAGAUCCUGACUAAUGCUCACGUGGUGGCGGAUCACACGUUUGUGCUCGUUAGGAAGCAUGGAUGUCCUACUAAGUAUAGAGCAGAAGUAUUGGCAGUUGGACAUGAAUGUGAUUUGGCUGUCCUAGUUGUUGAAAAUGAAGAGUUUUGGCAGGGUGUAAACCAUUUAGAACUUGGAGAGAUUCCGUUUUUGCAAGAAGCUGUUGCUGUUGUUGGAUAUCCCCAAGGAGGUGAUAAUAUAUCUGUAACAAAAGGUGUUGUUUCCAGAGUUGAGCCAACACAAUAUGUUCAUGGAGCUACUCAACUCUUGGCAAUACAAAUUGAUGCAGCAAUUAAUCCGGGUAAUAGUGGAGGCCCGGCAAUCAUGGGAGAUAAAGUUGCUGGAGUAGCUUUCCAGAACCUUUCAGGUGCAGAAAAUAUCGGUUACAUAAUUCCCGUGCCUGUGAUAAAGCAUUUUAUAGCUGGUAUCGAAGAAUGUGGUAAGUAUGUGGGAUUCUGUUCUUUAGGUUUGUCAUGCCAAGCAAUGGAAAAUCAGCAGCUCCGAGAGCACUUUGGGAUGGACAAUGGAAUGACUGGGGUGCUUGUGAGUAAAAUUAACCCAAUAUCGGAAGCUCACAAGAUUUUGAAGAGAGAUGAUGUUAUUCUUGCGUUUGAUGGUGUGGCUAUUGCCAAUGAUGGGACAGUUCCUUUCAGGAAUCGAGAGCGAAUAACUUUUGAUCAUCUGGUCUCCAUGAAGAAACCAAAUGAGAAAGCUGAGCUGAAGGUGUUAAGGGACGGCAAAGAGUGCAACUUUUUGAUAAAUGUUCAUCCUUUGCAACCAUUGGUUCCUGUCCAUCAAUUUGAUAAGCUGCCUAGUUACUACAUAUUUGCUGGUCUUCUUUUCAUCCCUCUGUCCCAGCCAUACCUCCAUGAGUAUGGAGAAGAAUGGUAUAAUGCCUCUCCACGUAGAUUGUGUGAACGUGCACUCAGAGAACAACCCAAGAAGGCUGGUGAACAGCUAGUCAUAUUAUCGCAGGUUCUGAUGGAUGAUAUUAAUGCAGGAUAUGAGCGUCUUGCAGAAUUGCAGGUGAAAAAAGUAAACGGAGUGGAGAUUGAUAAUCUAAAACACUUAUGCCAGCUUGUAGAGGAGUGCAAAGAAAAGAACUUGAGGAUUGAUUUGGAUGAUGAUAGAGUUAUUGUAUUGGACUACCAUAAAGCUAAGCUUGCAACUUCUCGCAUUUUGAAGCGACAUAGGAUCCCUUCUGCUGCAUCUAGUGAUCUCGUUGAGAGUGAAGAGGAAGAAAAUGUUGCUACAUCUCAGAACUGAUAUAUUCUUCCCAGUUUUGGCCUAUAGGUUUUUGUAGUUCUACGUAAUUCAAGAACGCGAUAAUUCAAAUUAUUGUACCAAUGAUAUUCAUCCUUUCCUAAUGAGCUAAUGGUGAGGGAACAUGCAGAAAUAUUGGUGAAGCGCCUUGUAUCCUAAGGUGCUUAAUCAAAUAUUUGAGGCUGUCAAGGUAAUUUGUCUUACGCUUACCUGUAUACUACCAUACAGAGUACUGUUCUGUUAAGCUUAUAGCUUCAUUUUUGGCCGAACAGUGAAAUUAAUAUUUCGUGCUUCCUUUGUUUCUUAAUACACGCAACAAGUUGACUUUA